AUGUCUUCCACUCACCCAGUUGCUCUGUAUGCCGUGAAGGUGCCACCCGGCGGUAUCCUGGUCCCUGCGGCUGCAGGUGCUUCUGCCAUGUUCCGCGUCACUAUGGCCGCUAUCGAUCCAGAUUGUGAACCUGAAUUUGAUGCUGAUACUGAGGGCAAGCCACCCCGCGCUACAUUGAAAAUCGUCCGACCACCACCAGGAAUGGAUCUUGACGAUGAUUCUGAUGAUAGUGAUUAUGAAGGAGAUUCUGGGGACGAGGAUGAAAACAAAGAUUCAGAAGAUGAGUCUAAUGGAGGCCCAAGCGAUCCUGCCAAACAGAAGCAAGCUAGGCAGCUUGCUGCGAUGAAGGAAAUGGCAGAUGCUAUGGAUGAGGAUGAGGACGAGGAUGAGUCUGACGGGGAUGAUAUUGAUCUCAAGGCUGCCAUUUCCAAUUUAAUCAAAGGAAAGGCCAAGGCCACUGGCGAUGAUGAUGAGAAUGACACUUCGGAAGGCCUUGAAAUGGAAGAAGUAGUUGUCUGCACUCUUGAUCCUCAGAAGAAUUGCCAACAACCCCUUGACUUUGUUGUUGCUGAGGAUGAGCAUAUCUUUUUUAAGGUGACCGGAACACAUUCUGUUUAUAUCACUGGUAACUACGUCAUGCCUUCGCAUGAACCCAAUGGAAUGGAGGAUAGCGAUGAGAGCGAUGAGGAGCAUGAUAUGCUCCAGUAUGAUCUGAGUCCCGAUGAAGACGAAUUGGUACUCAUGGGUGAAGAUGACGAAAGCGAUGAGCUGGACAAUAUGGAUGACCCCCGUAUUACUGAAAUCGACACCGAUGAAGAGGAAGCUGAGAAGCCCGCUUUCAAGAAAGACAAGAAGGGCAAAAACAAGCGACCCGCAGAGGAUUCAGGAGAUGAUGGUGCCAACCUAGACGACAUGAUGUCAAAGGCAGGCAAGCCUGCAUCUGAGCCAAUUACAAAUGGCAACACCAAGCUCAGCAAGAAACAGCUGAAGAAGCUGAAGAAAAACAACGGGGAGGCAGUGGAGAUACCAGUGAAAACUUCAGAGCCCACCAAGUCCGACAAGAAGGUUCAAUUUGCCAAAAACCUUGAACAAGGCCCUACCCCCUCACCCCCAAAGAAAGAAGGUGACAAGAAGGCUUCUACUACCGGUACCCUUGGCGUCAAGGAGGUCCAAGGAGUCAAACUCGACGACAAGAAAUUGGGAACUGGCCGCGUUGCCAAGAAGGGAGAUCGUGUGUCUAUGCGAUAUAUCGGAAAACUCGAAAGCGGCAAAGUUUUUGAUGCAAACAAGAAAGGACCACCAUUCUCCUUUAAACUUGGUAGCGGAGAAGUGAUCAAGGGCUGGGACAUUGGAAUCCCUGGCAUGGCUGUUGGAGGUGAACGAAGAGUAACUAUUCCAGCCCAUCUUGCAUAUGGCAAGAAAGCCCUCCCAGGAAUUCCCGCCAACUCGAAACUUAUUUUCGAUGUCAAGCUUCUUGACAUCAAAUAG